AUUGCAGAUUGAGAAGGGAUAUAAAAUGGCUGUAGCUCCACUAUCACUAUUACAAGUAUCAUCUGUUUUCAAAAGAUGUGGACUGCAUAUGAUUGACAAGACUUUGAGCCUGAAUUACUUAAAGGGCAGAAGAUGGAAUACAGUUAUACCAUGGGAAGUGUCUUUCUUAGAUGUUAAAUCAAGGAUGGAACCGCUUUACUCCACUCCUUCUCUUCUAAGAACUACUCGUUGGACCAUGCAAUUGUCACAGAGACAUUUUUCUCAACCACCGUGGCAAGUGUGGCCCUUGGGCAAACUUGACCCUCCUAAGAAGAAACAUUUGAAAGAACCCACUCAUUCAUCAGCUGUCUCUGUUCUGGAUCUUGAUACCCACACAGUGUCCUAUCUUGGUAGACUUCAUGAUGCAGAAACCCCAACAGAGGUUAUGGCAGUCCUUCGAGAGGGUGGGAAUGACCUAUCUACUGUGCACUAUGCUCGUGCUCUUGCAAGACUUGCUGAUAUUGUCCAUGAGCAAAAACAGGAAGAAGGACUUGUAAAAAGUACUAUAGCUCCUGUUUUAUAUGAUUCACGGUUCAGACACCUGUGCCAUUUAGUUCUCCAACACUCACGGCACCUAGGUAAUGAUUUAUUUGUAGACACACUGGAAGCAUUGCAGAAAUUGAAAAUUCCUCUGAAGAGCAGCAUGAUGUACACAUUUCUAGUGCAAGCCGAACAGCGGGUCAAUACAUUCAAUGUCGCAGAAUUAGCCCAGUUUGCGGGUAUUUUGAGUCGAUAUCAUUAUCAUGGGAAUGCAAGAGUGCAAGCCUUGGUUAACGCAGUUGGUCUCUUGACACCACAACUUAUUAAUGAUUUAAGAACCUUACACCACACCCUUACCCUUAUUACUGUAGUGGGCACUUCACUGGACAGUGUAUGUCGAGGUAGAAUUGCCAACAUGCUUCUUGCCAUACUAGCUGCAGAUGAAGAGCGUUCACUGAAGGACAUUUCUCAGGCUGUCUUAGCUCUUCAUAAGAUUGACUAUAAGGUAGACAUCCUCCUGGAAUUAGCAUGUCCAGUGCUGACUCAAAAUAUGGCAGAUCUAUCAGACUCUGAUCUUUACCAUCUGCUAUGUGCAUUCAGUGGUUUGGGCCAUGCUGAUCAGGACUUCUUCGAAGUAGCAUCAGAGAGAAUCCUAGAAGACAUUGACAAGUGGAGUCCUACAUGGUUGAUCAAUGUUGCCAAAGCAUUCAGUGUUGCUGAGAUGGAAGCACCUCUUUUGUAUGAUCGUAUUAUCAGGAGAGUGAUGGAUAGUGAUGUGAAAAAGCUCAGUCUCUUGGACAUGACCAACCUUGUCUGCAGUUUACAUGCUCUUGGCCAUAGGCCACCAUCCAGCUGGGACUUUGGAAACUUUGUCACCAAGGCUACAAGAUCUUUGAUAGCUGAUACUUCUAGGUUAUCGUAUGCAGACUGUAGGGCUGUCUUGUCUCUAGCUCAUUCUCUAGCAUCCUUGGGCUACUUUCCUUCAGAUCUGUGGCAGUUUCUCACCAGUAGAAAGUUUGCCAACUGGUUUAUGAUGGUCAAAGAUGGCAAAGAAUACAAGAACAUGGUUGGUGAUAUCAAGGUCUUAUCCGAACUCCUCAAAGACAGUCAUCUGGAUGCAGCUGACAUGUGGGCCGUUGACAUUGAGAAGUUAUUACCCUUGCAAUGAUAUUGAUUUGAUUACGGUAGUAGCCAAAUGGACAUAGUUAUUGACUUGGGGCUUCAAAUGAUUCAAUGGAAACACUGGAAGAAUUCUAUUCUGACAACCCAUACCAUACUGGUAUAUGCAACAACAGGGCCCCAUCUUACAAAGUGUUACAAUUGAUCCAAUCAAUCUCAACUGUAUGGAAAUCCAUCCAUACCAUAAUUUUUUCUACAGGAGAUUUGCACAACCUAGUAAACAAAGAGAAUCACACUGAAUCUUUAAGAGAAUAAUGAAUGUAUGAAUAUACAUCAUAUCUAGAAAAUAUUUUGAACAAAACAUACAAUUUAGAUGUUGACGGUGUUGGCCAUCUGUAGUUGUGGGUUGAUCAUAUCAACGCAACUGUUUGUAAGACAGGGGCCCUGUUGUCUCAUUGGUUUGCAGUAUUAAUGGUUAUAAUUUUGUUGGAGAAUGGUUUUGUCCCAUGGGUUUUGUUACAGAUUACCGGUACUGCUCAUUCCAUAUAUACUUAUAUGUGUGAAGUUCCAAGGGACUUUCAAUGCAGAGGCUGCUGACCUACUUCCCAAGUAGGUUUGACAAAAAAAUCUGAAUUCUUGAGUAACACUUGAAUUCAUGAUCAUGACCUUUUGCAUCUGAAGAGCUAGUCUAGAUCUUGACGUUCGUAGUUAUUUCUUUAGAAAACCCUACACUCACUCAUUGCAUUGGUAUAUACACCAAUACACCAUUGAUUCCUCUUUUUACCUUCUUUUAGAAUGAGAGGUGAAAAGAGGAGUACUGGUGAGUGAGUGUAGGGUUUUCCCCAAAAAAUAAUGUCCAGAUCAAGACUACUGAAGAGCAUUUCUUUGAGCCAAAGAUUUAUUUAUAUUGCUUUAACCACCUAUGAGAUACUAUAGUUAACUCUUUCUAAUAAACAGAUUUCCGUGAUUAAAUUGUUAGUCUUCAAAAGAUGAACCAAAAUAUUGCUGGUUAUUUGUUGAUUUUGUGUGACACUUCAUUCACUUAGCUAAACUUUUCUGCAUCAUAGGCAUUGUGAUGAUGAUGACGAGGUACGAUACCUAGUGUUAGUGCAGUGUUUUCUUGAGGGAUUCCACAGACUAAUUCGGUUGAAACUAGAAGCCAUGGGCAUUGCAAUCACAAGGUAUGUCACUGUUCUGACAAGAUGCUGCAGCAUGAUUGAUGGCUCUUGGCCUCAGCAGCUUGAUGUCUUUAUAAGCCAAUAUUUAAUUCAACCCUCAAGUCAGAUGGAUUAUUGUUCUUUUCUUAAGAAUGUUGCUCAUAUAAUUUUGGUGUUCAAUUCAUGAAUGAGGCUUGUUACUGUACCUAUGUAAUGCACCUCUUGGGAAAAACUUGAGCCAAAUAAUUUGACAAUGUCAUUGGCAGGUGAUGGAUUUUGUAUGCAGUCAUCUUGAGCUGGGCAGAAAUGUAAGGUAGCGCUUUUGGUUCAAUGCACUGGUAGCAUGUUAUUUUGCAGCAAAGUGACAUAAUGCUCUUUAGUACAUGUAUUUGAUUUCCAUUUUGGUUAACUAAUCUAAAAUGCCAACUAUUGAAGUGAAUACUAAACAAGGAUAUCUCCUAGCAAAUUAUUCAGUAAAAAUCUUUGCUUAAUCCAACUUUUGAAUUAAGUACCCGUCCAGGAACCUACUUCAAAGAUAGUGAGAACACGAUACUGUAUUGUCGCUGAA